AUGCAAGAGAACAACAUUGACCAGCCACCGUCACUGUCUCAGCUCUUAAGAGAGAGCUACCUGGCAGAGGCCCGAGCCCAGCAGCGCCACAGCGAGAUGAGCCGCUCAGAUGCUUCCUCCACACGUCUUCAGAUCUACGGGUCACUCAAAGGCAAAGCUGAGGACUCUGUGGGCCACAAUGACCCCCAGUUACCAGACCUCUCAGCCUUCCUCAGCCAGGAGGAGUUGGAUAAGAGCGUGAACCUGGCUCGCCAGGCCAUCGGACAUGAGCCUCAUGAGGAGAGAGCAGAGGUCAAGGCCUCUGUAGCACCAUUAACCCCCUCUAACAUCUCCUCCGUCUCAGUUUCUUCCUCUACACCCCCUUCUGUUCCCCUUGCUAACCCCUCUCCCGCUCCUCUUGCUGCCCCCGCCACUGUGGCCUUCCCCCAGCCAGCCCCUGAGAUCAAAGAACUGCCAGCAGCACACACAACAUUCACAUCAGACAGAAAGAUGCAUAAAGCCUCCACACGGCAGGACCACAUGAUCAGGAACAGCAGGGACUCCAGUGAAGAAUUCAAUGAUGUUAACAGGUCAGCGAGGAACGCCCCGUACGGGAUGGAGACCCAGUCCAAGAAGGAGUUCCUCAACAAGGCAGCGGACUUCAUUGAGGAGCUCUCCUCUCUCUUCAAGGCCAACAGCUCCAAACGGAUACGACCAAGAACGUGCAAAACUCACAGGAGUAGGGUCCAGAACAAGAGCCAGAACGAUGAGGUAGUUUAUCCCCUCAGCUCAGACGACAGGGAGCGCGCUGUCAUGCCCGUUGAGGUGGAGAUGGAGAGACCCAGCCUUGCUGUCAGCCACCAACCAGAGGUCCAGCUGGACUCUGGGGCUGGGCACGUGGAGUUUCAGGACUGCAGGAUUACUGAAGAGCAGCCGUACGACUGUGUUUCCCAGGAGGUUGAGGAGGAGGAUGAAAGCUGUGCCUUGACAGAACCUCCCUACCCAGCAGAGCCUGUGUGCGAGCCUCCUCAUUUCAUCCAGAAACUGAAAAGCAGGGAGGUUCCAGAGGGAAGCAAGGUCCAGUUAGACUGCAUUGUAAGAGGACUCCCUGUGCCUGAAGUCCGGUGGUUUUGUGAAGGCAAAGAGUUGGAGAACAGCCCAGACAUUCAGAUCAUCACCAACGGAGAGCUUCACUCUCUGAUCAUCGCAGAGGCAUUCGAGGAAGAUACCGGACGCUACUCCUGCUUUGCAUCUAAUUUCUAUGGUACCGACUCCACGUCAGCUGAGAUCUACGUAGAAGGUGCUUCCUCUUCGGAUUCUGAGGGCGAGCAGCACUUUGAACAUGUAGCCCAGCUGCAGCUGAAAACCCAAGAGUCAUCUCCAACUUCACCUCCAUCAUCAGACCAAACCUUCUCUGCAGAAGAGGAAGAGCUUCUGUCACCUCAACCUGCAGCAGCCACAGAGGAACAAGCGGAAGAUCCCUCCUUACCAUCAACUGAUCCAACUCCUCUACUGGUCCAGACGACCACCACAGUACUCUCUGUCCCAGACGUCUCAAAAGUCUCUGUGGUGUCCCCGGCGCAGCCUGCUCAGCCUGCUCAGCCUGCUCAGGAGCAGUUGACUGUGUUGCCUGAACAGGCGUUUCCUACUUUGUCACAAGGCGACACAGAACUUUCAGAGUCCCAGGAAGAGUCAGCAUCUGACCCAGGCACAUCCACACCACGGCAGGUAGCUACGGCGAUAGCUACAUCUCUGCCUUUGAAUCCAGUGGUUUCACCUGUGCUUCCUGUCCAGGAAGCUCCGACACAAACACCCCAACCUGAGAGUCAAACGUCCAACCUCAACUACCUACAGGGAUUAAACGGGCAACCCAUCAUGGCUGCCCCUGUAUUCACAAAGAGCCUGCAGGAGCUCUUUGCGUCAGAAGGCCAGCUGGUGGUGCUAGAGUGCCGUGUGAAGGGGGCACCGUCACCCAGAGUGGACUGGUACAGGGAGGGGAAAAUCAUAGAGGACUCUCCUGACUUCAGGGUCCUGCAGAAAAAGCCCAGAUCUCCAGCUGAAUCAGAGGAAAUAUGCACUUUGGUCAUUGCUGAGGUCUUUCCGGAAGAUUCGGGGGUGUUUACUUGUACAGCAAGCAACAAGUAUGGGACUGUGUCCAGCACUGCUGCACUGAGGGUCAGAGGCAAUGGCAGAAACAGCAACCAGGUGAGGCCUUUCAACAGUUUAACAAUGGAGCCCAGUCGAAUCCAGGAGCCGUCCCCAUCAGCCCCCACCGUAAACCCUCAACCAGAGGUUACUGUGACCAACAGCAUCAAGCCCCACUCCAGCACCAUCCGCCUAGACCCGCUCGUCUCCAGCACCUUACGCCUGGACCCCUUAAACACCAGCACCCUCCGUCUGGCCCCCCACAGCUCCAGCAUGUUGCGACCAGACCCCCUUCGCACCAGCCUGCCCAGUCUGGAACCCUCCAGCCUGAGCAGCAGCAGCAGCAGCAGCAGCAGCAGCAGCUCCUUCCUGAACUCUCGCAGCACCAGCACUCCGAACUUAGAUCCUCUUCACCUCCGCCAGGAGCCUCCUGGAUCCAGUGGAGCACGUCCAGAACCACAGAGCAGCGGGCAGGUGCUCUCAUUCCCAAAACCCUUCACUGCUCUAUCUGCAACGGAGACCUCAGCUGAGCAGGAAGUAUCCAGACAUGUGCUGACAUCGCCCGACAUGAGCGCUAAAGUUAAGGGGACCCCGAGCCAUCAGAACGGGCACCCCGUAGUGGUGCCACUCCCCGAUCCUCCUCCCAACUCCUGCCUCAAGACAGGCACUAUGACAAACCACAAAGACUCACGCUCCAGCUCCAGAGUCGGUCUGCGUGUGCACUUCAAACUGCCCGAGGAUGAAGAGGAUGAACAAAGUGACGCAUCCAGUGAGUGUGAUGAAGACAUCACUGACGCAUCAGCUAACAAAGAACCACCGCCGGUGCUGGCUAAACCCAAACUGGACCCAGCCCAGCUCCAGCUUCUGCACAACCAAGUCCUCAUGGAGCAGCAGCAGGAGACUGAACCUCCGACCCAAACCCACGUCCAGCCUCAGUCCCACCCCCCAUUCCAGAUCCAGAUCCAGCACGAGGUCCAAAGCUCCCACGAAGGUCCGCUGUGGUCGUCCAGAAUGCAACGUGAACCCCAUCCACCACCUUUCCAGCCCUACCUUAACACCACGACUCCCCCUCAGCAGACACCCCGCUCCACUGCGCCUCCGCUGACCACCACCCCCCCUGCUCCCUCACUGAGCUCCGCUCCAGCGCUCAACGCCACCUUGUCACCUCUUCUCAACACUUCUCCUGCCCCUCCUUUCAGCUCCCCUCCUUCUAUCCCUCAGUUCAAGACCUCCUCACUGGUGACCUCUCCUCCACCUGCUCCACAGCUGAACACAGCGCCUCCUUUCAGUGCAGCUCCUAUAACCCAGAUGAACACCAUCCAUGCCUCCCAUUUCAACCUGUCCCCUGCAGCUCUUGCCAAAAGUGCACCCACUUUCCAGUUCUCCUCUCCUCCUGCACCAAAGCUCAAUACAGUCCCCACAGAUUCAACCCCGGCCUUACAGCAGGUCACCUCUCCUGCUGCUCUGCUGAGAAGCACCCACGCCUCCCUCAUGAACCUCACCGCCUCCUCCUUCACCUUCAACUACACCCGGCCUAAGGAGUUCAUAGCUGCUCAGACCUUCUCACCAGUCAGGAGUCCUUCCCCGACUGAAUCCCCAGUGCCCCUGCUCCAUGAGUUGGCCGCUGAGCUCAACUCCUCAGCAGCCAGCUCCCCGACUCUCCCGCCAUUUCCCCCACCAAUCAGGAACAUCCCCACAAGGGUGCUGAUGUCUCCCACCAGCCCUCCUUCCCUCGUGUCCUCGCCCACACCGGGAUCAGCGCAGUUCCUGAACAGCACCUUCGCCGUACGAGCCCAGUCGCCUCCCCAGGCCUCUUCUCCCACCUCCAGCAGCUCCACCCCCAGCCCCAUUCAAAACCCUGUGGCCUUCCUCAGCUCCGUCCUGCCGUCCCUGACCCCGAGUCAUCCCACAAACUCAAUGGGAUUGCCCAAGGGAGCUCCUUUAGGGCUACAAAAGAAGGUACCCAAGGUGCGCCUCCCCUCAAUUGAAGACAUUCGUGAGAGCAAAGAAAUCCUCCUCCAUGACAUCGAGAAAAAGCUUCAAUUUAAAGACGAAACUCCACAUUUUGCAUAUCAACAGAAGCUGAGUAAUGAGGGGAAAACAGCGAGCAGACCGCUUGGACCAAACAUUCCUGCUACUGUCAUUAACUAUGAUGAGGAGUACAAAGUGUCCAGUUUUGAGCAGAGACUAAUGAGUGAGAUUGAGUUCCGUUUGGAGCGAACGCCGGUGGAGGAGUCGGACGACGAGGUGCAGCACGACGACGUCCCUACGGGAAAAUGCAUCGCGCCUAUAUUCGACAAGAAGCUGAAGAACUUCAGGGCCAUGGAAGGCGUGCCUGUCACAUUCUCAUGCAAAGUUGUGGGAAUCCCUCUUCCAAAGGUUUACUGGUUCAAGGAUGGCAAGCAGAUCUUGAGGAAGAACGUCCAUUACAAGAAGAUAAGAGAGGGCGACGGGACCUGCGCUUUACACAUAGAGUCCACAACCAAUGAUGAUGAUGGCAACUACACCAUCAUGGCAGCUAAUCCACAGGGACGAAUCAGCUGCUCGGGUCAUUUGAUCGUCCAAACAGGACCUCCCAGAAACCGACUGGCACCGAUUCACUCCCAGAGGGUGCGAACCCGCAUACAGGAAGUUGAAAGCGAGCAAACCCAGGAGCGCUUCUUCCGGCCUCACUUCCUCCAGGCUCCGGGCGACAUGCUGGCUCACGAGGGAAGACUGUGCAGACUAGACUGUAAGGUGAGUGGACUACCCAACCCAGAGCUGAUGUGGUUGGUCAACGGGAGGCCAAUCUAUCCAGACCUUUACCACAAGAUGCUGGUGCGGGAGAACGGCAUCCAUUCCCUGGUCAUCGACCCUCUGACGCAGAAUGACGGCGGCACGUACACCUGCAUUGCAAGCAACAAAGCAGGACAGAGCUCCUUUAGCCUAGAACUGAAAGUUGUGGAGAAAGAGACGAAGCACCCUCCCCAGUUUGUGGAGAAGCUUCAGAACAUGGGGAUCCCUGAGGGAACUCCAGUCAGGCUGGAGUGUCGGGUGGUGGGUAUGCCCCCCCCAGUCAUCUUCUGGAAGAAAGACAAUGACACAGUCACUAAAACUAAGCAGAGAAUCAGCAUGACCCAGGAUGCCACAGGAUACGUGUGUCUCCUCAUUCAGCCAACAACAAAAGACGAUGCUGGCUGGUACACGGUGUCAGCAAAAAAUGAGGCAGGAAUUGUGUCCUGCACCUGCAGGCUUGAUAUCUAUGCACAGUGGCAUCAGAGCAUCCCCGCACCCAUGAAGAAAGCCCCGCGCACAGGCAGCCGCUAUGCCGCUCUGACCGGCCAGGGGCUCGACAUCAAGUCAGCUUUCCCCACGUCGGACACCAGCCCCUUCCUGUUCUCCAGCUCCCCUCCUGAGUUCAUGCUGGAGAGCGAGGAGCUGUGAGCUCUCUGCAAUCACUCCGGCAUGGUGACCCUCAGCAGCAGGAUGUCAUAAACAGUAGAGGGUUUAAAGGAGAAUGAUUAUCUGAGCAGAUUGUCAUGUGAUUUGUGUGAUGCAUUUGAAGUGAUACAUUCAGAAUAGAAAGGCAAAGAAUUGCUGCGUUGAAGCUAUCAGCACCGAUAGUGGGUUUGUCACCAUUCCUAUUUACUCAAGUCGUAUGAAGAGUGUUUCACAUGCAGAAAAAUGACAGAUUUGCAAAGUCUUAGCUCGUGAGCCAUCAGUGGAGUGGAAUAUUGUUCUCUGAAUGAUCUACAUGUGUUUUCUACAUCAUAUUUAGUUACUAUAGUCAGAUUGUUGCUGAAUGUAAGUGAUAACAUCUGUUCUUAAUAGUUAGUCCUAGUCUCAAAGUGGUAUUAACGCCACUUCUUUUUAUUGCAAGUUACAUGUACAGUGGCUUCAGAAAGUAUUCAGACCUCUUCACUUUUUGCACACCACUAUUUUGAAAAUUUAAUUUAAAAUGGAUAAAAUUACAAUUUUUACCAAUCUACACUCAAUAAUCUAUAAUGACAAAGUGGAAACAUUCAUUCGUCAUAGCAUUUAUCCUUCAGGGAGGCGCUGUAGCCAAUCCCAGCUGACAUUGGGGCGAGGGCGGUCUACA